CUGGCCUCGCCACCUGGUUGUUGUUAGUUCUGUUCCACCGUCAUGGGGUGCCAGCCGCGCUUGGAGAAGGACGGUAGCCCAAGUGGCCCACAGAAUUACAUCAAGAAGACCUCACCAGGAGAACAUACGGCUCUUGGAGGCUCAUUACAUCACCUCUGACGUGAUCACCAAAGCUGAACCUCAGUCAAUGAGAAACGUUUGAUGCUGUAUUUAAGAAUGUGAAGGAAGCACUCGGCCGAUUAGGUGAUUUAUUUCUUGAAUCAUCUUCAUCUUCACACGGGCAUCACGAGAAAACUUCAUCUUGACCAAGUUACCAACUGCCAUCAAAACAGUACCAAAUAGUACCAUCAGGCUCGUAGACAUAUCCAAAAUGGUCGGAAAGGCACCCAGCGAAGGCACCAAGGUCACCCUCGGUGACAAAGCCCCUGUUACACAUGAAGGCGCAGGCAAGAUCUCGGGCUCCCUCGCAGAAGAGUCGGCACAGAAGGGCGGCGAAUUCGCAAACAACAAGAACAUGGAUAACUCGGGCGGCACCACCGGCACCAAGGCCCAGAGCACCACCACUCCCUCUUCAGACAACACAUCUUCGUCGGGCACUGGGGCUGCCGCCGGCACGGCGCCCACGUACGUCAACAACCAAUACAACCGUGACUCGGGCGGCCCCCACGGCAAGAACAUCACCGAGGAUCCGGACAUGUCGGGCCGUCCUGCGAAGUUUGACGUCGAGCCUGGCUCCAAGGACGACCCGGCCCGGGUGGCAGAGCAGGAGAUGCGGCUGAAGCAGACGCGUGGUGCGCCCGGGACCGGCGAGCGCCAGGACGGCGCUGGCAACCAGCAGCCCUACGGGGCCCUGGACAGCGAGACCGCGGCAUGAGGGAACAUAGGUCUAGGUCUUGACCGGGGGAUGGACCUCUAAGAAAGCGGCGUUCCGGAUUUAUCCAGGCGAAUGUUCUGGAAUCCGGGCAGGAUGCCCGACCCCAUAGCGAUGAACCACCUCUGAUGAAGUAAUGUCAGCGAAAUCCAAUUUCGGAUGAACUCGAGGGAAUAUUUGAGGGCGAUGUGAGCCCAAACAGGCAAAGUGCUGAUUUGUGAAGGUUUGUUGGCUCAAAAUGACGACAGCCAGGGACUAGUACAUGGUGAGAAAAGCACGGGGCUUGCGGAUGUAGAGCACACCCUCUCUUCUGCCUGAAGCUCCGUGUCUCUACAGUGAUGUGUCGAUCUGAGCGAGUCCUCGGGCAGUGGGAUCCGGAGCGGACGGGCCAGGGCAGGUGGAGCCCAGGCCGAGACAAUCCUGGGCUGUAGGGAAGCUAAGCUAAGCUGAUGGCGACGAUCCUCCGUGUGUUGGGCCAGCCAGCCCAGCCUGUAUUGUGCUGUGGUGUGCCGGGUGCAGCGGACUGGUCGGCUGCCCGCUUGCGUAUGCGCCUCGUGGUGGAAUGUCUCGGUCGGCUCGUGCGGGAAUUUUGAAACAUCAAUUCGACCCUGGCUGGCGAUGGGGCUUGGUACAAUAGUCCAAUGUGGGCGUGCUAGACUGCCGCAGAAGAUAUCGACUGCAGUAGAAUGAGUGAAUGAAUGAUGUGCUGCCGGGGUAGCUGUUUUCUGGCGUGCCCACCUGGAAAGGAAGCAGCCAACCCCCUUGCACGUACCGGCCGUAUCAUCUGCACCUUCUGCACCUGGCAGCCUGGGUGAGCAGCAAUG